AAAAUAAUUUCCUAAAAGUAUUUGAGAGUGAAAAUCACGAAAAUAUUAAGUGGGCGAAUAUUUGUGGAUUUGUGGGUAACUUUUUGACAAAUUACGUGAUGCCAAGCCUCCCUAUUCAAGUGUUGAUCAACAAAUUGUAACUUCACCAAAUUGAGGGAAAGUGAAAGAGAUAGAUCGUUUAAACAUGAAAAAUUCCUCACAAAUCUGAAAACAAAUCUCCAUGGAUCGAGUUCUCAAAGCUGCGAGAACUUCCGGUUCUCUCAACCUUUCAAAUCAAUCUCUCAGUGAGGUGCCCAUUGAUGUAUACAAAAGUUUGGAUGCAGCCAGUAAGGAUGAGAAGUGGUGGGAGGCCGUGGAGCUACAGAAGCUGAUUUUGGCUCAUAAUGACAUAGAAACAUUGCAGGAAGACAUUCAAAAUUUACCUCUACUGUCAGUGCUAAAUGUUAGUCACAACAAGCUAACCCAUCUUCCAGCUGCUAUUGGAGAGCUUCAUAUGCUGAAGUCCUUAGAUGUAUCAUUUAACUUGAUAGUGAACAUCCCAGAAGAGAUCGGAACAGCAGCUUCUCUAGUCAAGUUUGAUUGUUCAAACAACCAACUAAAUGAUCUCCCUAACUCCCUUGGAAGAUGUGUGGAGUUAUCAGACCUCAAGGCAUCGAACAAUAGCAUUUCCAGUAUGCCAGCAGAUCUAGCGAAGUGUUCAAAAUUAACAAAGUUGGAUGUCGAGGGAAACAAGUUAACAAUACUACCUGAGAGUUUGAUUGCAUCAUGCAGAAUGCUUACUGAACUCAAUGCAUCAAAAAACUUGCUCAAUAGUAUUCCAGAAAACAUAGGAAGCCUUUCACGCUUGAUUCGCCUUGAACUUCAUCAGAACAGAAUUUCAUCAAUCCCAUCCUCAAUAAAGGAUUGCUCAUCUCUUUUGGAGUUUUAUAUCGGGAAUAAUGCACUUACUUCAUUACCUUUGGAGAUAGGCGCACUUAAUAGGUUGGGGAUAUUUGAUCUCCACUCAAACCAGUUGAAGGAGUACCCAGCAGAAGCAUGUAAAUUGCAACUUUCAAUGCUGGACUUAUCUAACAAUUCAUUGUCUGGAUUGCCUCCAGAUAUUGGCUUAAUGACAACCUUACGGAAGCUUCUGCUCGUUGGCAACCCAAUUAGAACACUUCGGAGCUCUUUGGUAAACGGGCCCACACCUGCUUUAUUAAGAUUUCUUCGAAGUAGACUUCCAACGGAUGAAGAGUCUGCAACUUCUACGCCGGGAAAAGAGGAUGUUGUUGCCAAGGCAGCUAGGCUGUCCCUAUCUUCAAAGGAGCUUUCUUUAGGAGGACUUGGUUUGACUUCUGUCCCUUCAGAUGUCUGGAAGUCGCAUGACAUCUCAAAAUGUGAUCUUUCAGGGAACUCAAUCGAAGAACUUCCUCUUGAACUUUCCUCUUGUAUUUCCUUGGAGGCUCUUAUUUUAUCCAAAAACAAGAUAAAAGAUUGGCCUGGUUCAGUCUUAACAUCUCUUCCUGCACUUGCAUAUUUGAAGCUAGACAAUAAUCCCCUCCGACAGAUACCAUCCUCUGCCUUUCAAGCUGUAUCCAAGCUUCAGGUUCUGGAUCUGAGUGGCAAUAUAGGUUCCUUACCAGAUCAACCAGCAUUUUCUUGCCUACCAGAGUUGCAGGAGCUUUAUCUGAGAAGGAUGCGAAUAUCUAUUUUCCCAAGUGACAUUAUUAACGUAAAGCAGUUACGAAUUCUUGAUUUGAGCCAAAAUUCCCUUCAAUCAAUUCCAGAGGGUAUCGAAAACUUGACGUCUCUUGCUGAACUCGACCUAUCAGACAAUAAUAUUUCUUCACUUCCACCAGAAUUAGGUUUGCUUGAAUCUAGUCUGCAGGUGUUAAAACUGGAGGGUAACCCACUUCGAAGCAUUCGGAGGGCCAUUUUGGAUCGAGGAACAAAUGGCGUUUUGAAGUACCUGAAGGAGAGAAUUGUACAGCAUUAGCCUGUUUGAAUCUUGAUUCCUUUAUGAGGCCUGUGGGUGUGAGUAUUUAAGCAGAACACUUAUUUGAAAUUUGUAUGUGAAAUUUAUACUUUUACCACUUAUUUGAGACAUAUCAUCCCCUGUUUAAACUUGGAAUGUACAAUUGUUGUAUCCCAUAUUUUAUUGUUGUAAUUCUGAGAAUGACCAAAUGGACAAACGGAACAAGUGAUCAUAUUGUUUUGUAUGAAUGCCAUAUUCUAAUGUCA